ACGUUGUACGUCAAUGAAAUAUUAUCAUUUGUUUUCACGAAUUAUUGUGAAUUUGUAAUCGUAUGGUUGUAUACUUGUAAUCUUAUAAUUUUUAUACAAUUCAUGUGUUUAUUGGAUCUAACUUUAAUUCAAAAACAUAUGAUACUGCUAUUUUUAUUUCAUUAUUUUUAUAUUAUCCAGCAUUAUAUAAGUUAUGUGUAUAAUAUUAUAAUUUCUUUCUCUUAAUGUGAACAAAUCGUCAAAGAACACAACUAUGAAGUUCUUUCAAAUGAUGAUAUUUUGUUUCUAUUUUAACUAAGAAUUACACUGUCACUACAAAACAAAAUGAUAAAAAGAUUAGAAAAACGAAAUAUGCCUUUAUAGUCUCAGGUGAUACUUAUAAAAGGUUUUUCAUAAAACUUCUACAAGUACAAUGUUCAACUUCAAUAUUAUCAGUCAUGCGAGCCGAUUUUGGUUUUGUACAAUUGUAUCUCUUCGACGAGGCAUGCGUCAAAAUAGUCGUUUUUCAAGCCAUAGAUUUUUGUCCAGUGCAGGAAAGGCAGAAAAGCAACCAUCUGAGACAGAAAACAUAAUUAACGCCGAAAUCGCCGCUGUGAAAGAAUGCAAAACACCUCCAGAAGAUCGGAAGGUACCGGAAAAGCCCAGACUGCAGACUGUUCGAGUAUAUCGUUGGAAUCCUGAAAAACCAAACGUAAAACCUUUCAUGCAACAAUUCAGUGUGGAUUUAAAUAAAUGCGGCACCAUGGUAUUAGAUGUAUUGGCAUUAAUAAAAGCAGAACAUGACCCCACGUUAUCCUAUCGAAGAUCCUGUCGCGAGGGAAUUUGCGGAUGUUGUUCGAUGAAUAUAAAUGGUGUUAAUACCUUGGCUUGCAUCACAAAAGUGAAGGAAUCGCCAAAACCUAUAGUCAUAUAUCCUUUACCGCACUCAUACGUAAUUAGAGACUUAGUAACGGAUAUGGAACAAUUCCUGAAACAAUACCAGCAUAUUGAACCAUUUUUAAAACGUCCCGGAGAAGACAAUUUUCUCGGUUUACGACAAAUCCUACAAAGUCCAAAAGAUAGAGAUAAACUUAAUGGUUUAUACGAAUGCAUCCUCUGUGGAUGUUGUACUUAUUCUUGCCCACCGUAUUGGUGGCUUGGUGAUAAGUUUUUAGGUCCUGCAACUCUUCUGCAGGCUUAUAGGUGGAUAAUAGAUUCACGUGACAUGGGGCAUAAAGAAAGACUUAGUAAAUUACGUGAUUUUUAUUCCGUAUAUCGAUGUCAUACUAUUUUCAAUUGUACAAAAACUUGUCCGAAGGCUUUAAAUCCCGGAAAAGCAAUAGCUCAAAUAAAACGAUUGUUAGCGGGACUAACAAAGAAGGAACGGCCAGACAUGGAAACUCCACUUCCAAAUCCAUGUAACGGCGAAGGACAUUACCAAUGCAGAGAGGAAUAGAUGGAAAAAGGAAAACAUGAUUAAUGAAAUAUUAUUCUUGAUACGAUUUGUAAUUGUAUAUAAACCGGUAUUUUUUA